AUGCUGGAGGAGCGUGUGGCCCCCCCGGGGCGUUGGCAGCGGCGCUGGCGGAUCUCCCGGCAAAAGCAGCCAGCCGAGGAGAGUCCUGCGGCCGCUCUCACCCCAGAUGGCCAGGAGGCAGAGAGCGAAGACAGCAAAUCCCAGCCCAAGCGGUUACACGUCUCCAACAUCCCCUUCCGCUUCCGUGACCCCGACCUGCGGCAGAUGUUUGGGCAAUUCGGGAAGAUCCUAGACGUGGAAAUCAUCUUCAACGAACGCGGCUCCAAGGGUUUUGGCUUCGUGACCUUCGACAGCAGCCAGGAUGCGGACCAGGCGCGAGAGAAGCUAAACAGCACCGUUGUGGAGGGCAGGAAAAUUGAGGUGAACAACGCCACGGCCCGUGUGGUCACCAAGAAGCCUCCGGCAGCGCCUGCGGUGAACGGUUGGAAGAUCAACCCCUUGGUUGGCACUGUCUACGCCCCCGACCUCUACACAGUGGCCACCAUCCCCUACCCGAUGGUGGCCCCGGCGGCGCUGGCCUAUCGCGGGGGCCUGCGGGGCCGUGGCCGAGCCAUCUACAGCCCGAUCCGGGCAGCUCCCGCCCCGUCGCCCGUCCCUGCCUACGGGAGUGUGGUGUACCCGGAUGGGCUGUAUGGCACCGAUGUCUAUGGCUAUGCAGCUUACCGUGUGGCACAACCCCCUGGGGCGGCGGCAACGGCAGCGGCGUACACCGACGGGUACGGCCGGAUCUACACCACGGCGGAUCCUUACCACCACGCCGUCACUCCAGCCUAUGGCGUCGGGGCCAUGGCCAGCCUGUACCGCGGAGGGUACAACCGCUUCACGCCGUACUGAGGAACCGAGGGCCGGCGGCCGUGACGGGAAGGGGCCUGGGCAGUGGGCUCUGAGCUCUCGGUGUGGAUAGCGACGGGCACGUUCCAUCGAGUUCCCUGCUCCCAACACAGAGUGUCCCGGACGGGUCGGGACACCCAGUCCUAGCACCCCAGACCCGUUACCCAGAAUCCCCUGGGGGGAACCCCAACUGGCACCAGCACCGUGUUAUCCAGAAUCUGCUGGGGGGCCCCCCCGCCUGGUCCCAGCGUCCUGUUACCCAGAAUCUCCCCGGGGAACUCUACCCGGCCCCAGUGUCCUGUUACCCCAGAUCCUGCCUGGCCCCCGGUCCCCUGGCCCUAGAGACAAUGGGGUGGUACAUGCAGAGAGGGGAGCGCUGCUCCCCCCAGGCAGUGGAGAUGAGGGUGAAUUUGGCCAGUGUUUAAUAUCCGAUGCCUGCGUCACACCCGGGGCAGGAUGGGGCCGUAAAGGGGUCACCGAGUGGGGCUCGGGAAAGGGGGGUUUGGUCUUUCCCAACCGUCCCAGACGUUCAGGACUCUCUUCUGUCUUGCCUCCCCCCACGGUUCACCCCUCUUAAAAACGACGUCAACCUCAUGAAUGCGCUCGCACCAGGGCUUAAAUUCAGCCGCUGCCGUCCGGAGCGGAGCUCUGGGCAAUAUUUUCCAACCCCCCUGGAGUUUUUAUAGCAUGUUGGGGCGCGGGAGGCGUUGGGGGGAGGGAAAUACUCCCUGAGAAUUUUAGCCCUGGCUUGCACGCAUGAGUAAAUGACAGCAAACGCGUGUCUAAUACAGACGUGUGAAUCCACACGGGACGUUACUGGAGAAUAUCGUCUCUCGAGCAGCCAAACCAGGCCUUGUCUGUAUGAAAUUGGAAUGAUUUGGCUGGGGCCUUUUAUGUCGCCUGUUGUAAAACUGGACAACUAUCUAGAUGAGUUGACGUCCCCCCGGAAGACGUCCGCGUACCCCCCCGGUUGAAAGCCACUGCCACGGAAAAAAGAAAAACCGGGGAAAUUCUAAACCUGGGGCUGUUCCCAAGGGUCAGGGCCCGGGAUCGCGGCCAGAGGCCUCAGGCAGCCGCUACGCAGGGAAGGUGAGACUGAAUCUCCCAGCAUCUCGCCCUGGGCUCAGGGACCCGACGUUGACUGAAUUCCUUUUCCAACUAGCGCCCGUCUCUCUCAGCUCCCUACCCCGCCUCGCUCCAUUUCGCUGCAGCUUUCUCCCCCGCUCCUGUGUCCUGCAUGCGUCCUGCGCUCUUUGAGCGCCGCACUGGUCUUUUGUGUUCAGCAAACACUAGGCUGGGGGCCUGGCCCAUGUGCUGGCCCGGGCCGGGGUCGCGUUGAAAGCAGGUUGAGCGGCGAGAGGUUUGAACCGUGGCGGAUUUCAGGGUUUCUCCCGGCGCCCGAGCCAGGCCUCGCCCCAGCGCAGUCUCUCAGGGAAAGCACUCAACUGCCAAAGCCUCUCUCCUGGCCCCGUUUUCUUGUGCCGUAAUAAAGCACUGAUCUCGGCUCUGCUCUACGGCCUUUCGCUUUCACGCUCUGUCUCUCUCGUGCUGUGUGUCUGUCUCCCUCCCUCCCACUGCUGGUUCCUGGCAGGGCUGCGGGGCCCCGGGGCUACAGCGAGGCCAACCCCCCAGCGGCUUCGCCCAGGCCUGGCUUGGUGCCUGCGGGCGGGUGCAGCCCCCGCUGCCCUGUGCCACCCGGGAGAAGGACCCAGCUUGUGAGGGGAUGGGGGUGUGUGAGAUGCAGGGUCCCCCCUCACCCAAGCUGCCCCGGUCGCCCUCCAGCGUGUGUGUGUGUGUGUGUCACAGACAGACCCUCCGGCAAAGGCAAGGGAGGGGGGCGAUGCAGGGACCCCUCUGUCUGCUCUGACGUGGCUCGGGGUCUUUCUCCCCUUCGCUCGCCCGGCGGCUUGCGCUAGCUCUCUCUCUCUUUAGCUCCGGCCCGUUCGCCCCCCCCCACCUUGCUCGCCUGUUUCUUUUGCUCGCCCAGCUGCAGGCGCUCGCUCGCUGAGCCCUGCUCUCUCCUGGCUUCUCGUCCCAGCGCUGGCCACACAACCUCGCCCCCGGCGCGCCCCUCUGCUCCAGUCCCUGUCCCGCGCCGGCUCGCUUGCCCCGACACGCCCGUUUCUUGCUCGUCCAGCCUGUCUCUUGCUCGCUUGGCUCUGCCCUCCCCCCCCCCGCCUUUGCUCACCCUGCCGAUCUGUCUCGUUUCUGGCCACACAGCGCUGGCCCCACCGGCGCUUACAUCGGCCUGUCAUGUCGCUCGGGGUGAUGUAGCCCGGCCUUGAUCUCGCUUCCUCUUCCUUGCGCUUGCUGGGCUGCUCAGAUGCUCUCUCCUGCCACGUUCUCUCUCUCCCCCCUGCUCCGCCUUUUACUUCCCCCUGGCCUCACCCCUUUCGCUCACGCCUUUGCCAGCCUGGCUUCUCGCUCUCUGGCUCCUGCUCCGCUGUUUGCUUGCCCGGCUGCACGCGCUUGUUCUCUCUUGCUUGCUUGUCAGUCGCUCGCUGGCUCCUUUGCUCAAGUGCUCGCUUGCUCUCCUCUGCUUGCUGCUGUCUCUUCCCUCGCUGGCUGCUCGCGUGCGCUCGCCUCUGCUUGCUCUUGACUUGACUUGCCAUCAGCUGUCUCUCGCUCUCUCUCUGCUCCGGUUUGCUCUCUUUCUCUGCUGUUGCGCCCUCUCUUGCUUGCCCCUUUGCUCACCCGCCUGCUGCAUGCUCGCUCGCUCUGUUUCUCCGCUCGUUCGCUUUCUCUUUCGCUCGCUCUUGCUCGGCCCGUUUGCUCAUCCCGCCUCUCUCGCCUUGUCGUGCUCGCUUUCUCUCUCUCCGUCUCUCCCCUGGCCGCACGCUCGCCGCCGGAACCUGAAGGCAGGGCAGGGAAUCCCCCCCACACACACUUUUAGAAGUGGGAGGGUCGUCCCCCCUGGCUUUUUCACAAAAGAAACAGAAGCACAGAAUUCAUGUCCCCUGCAGAUUUUCUUUCCCCCCGCCCCGUAGAAUAAUCGAUUCUGCCGGGGAGGCGCUGCAAUGACACCUUUUGCUCACCAGGGGCUGCUGUGGUGCCAGAAGCGAGGGCAGCCGGCUCACCGCUGGAGCAGCCAGUUGUGGCGAGAGUGGGGGCACUUUGGAUUUUGAUUAUUCUACGGGGCGGGGAAAAGAAAAUCUGCGGGGGACGUGAAUUCUGCGCUUAUGUUUCUUUUUUCUCUCCUCGCCAGGCCCUCUGUCUUUCGCUUGCUUGCGCCUCUUUGCACGCUGUCUUGCUUGCUUUGGGCAGGGCCCAUUUUCAGGAGCCGCUCGAAGCUGACGGCGGGAGAGGGCUCUCAAUGAAUCCGCCCCCAACGAGCGGCGGUAGCUGUGUCGGUGGGAGAAGCUCGGGGAGGUCCACACCGGCGCUUAGGUCGGUGUAACUGAUGUCGCCCGAGGUGUGUGCAUGUGGUUUUUCCGCACCCCUGAGCGACUUAAGUUACACCCACCUAAGCUGUAGGGUAGACAUAGCCUCACGGGGUCCCCCAGCUGGCCGGUCAGGGGCGUUCUGGGUAAGGGCUAGUAUUUGGGGUGAGAGGAGCUGGUCUGGGGGUGUUGUAUUAGUAUUUAGGGCCUGGGGCUGCUUAUUUCAUCUCCUCCCCUCUUCCCUGAUUUUCUACAAUCAUCAGCUUGUUCUAGGAGUGUCUCAUCUGCCUGCUCGGCAGCUCGUUUUCUCUCUCCCUCGCUGUCCCUGAUACAUCAGCCUGCUCCAUGACUGUUUUCUUGUCAACCCUAUCUCUAUUGUAUGUGUGAGGGGGGCGGGAGUUUUGCAAGCCUGUUCCCUCCUGGGGUAGUUGCAUCAGGAGCCCUGGGCUGUCAGCUGCUGCCAGAUUUUUAGCACCGUGUUCAUGAGAGAGGGGGGCAGUGGGGUUUAAAUGUGGGGGGCAGCCGGUGCCCCAGUGCAGCCAGCAGGUUGCGUAGGGGGUAUGGUACUAGCAAAGGCCUCCCACAAUAGUGCUGCAGGGGGAUCCAUCCAAAGACAGGGCCAGGCUGGGCCCUAGAGGCAGGGGGAAGAUGCUGGGGGCAAACCUGAGUCUGUGAAUAGGUCCCAUUCUUCCAAAAGGACAGUUCCUCACACCUGUAUUGCAGCUAAUCAAACGCCCACCGUUCCUUUCUGGCUGCUUCACCUGCUGCCAAUGACAAAAACGAUGCUUUUCGGACAAUGCUUUGUUUCCCCCCUCUGUCUUUGCAACUGUGCCCCCCGCCCCGCAAACCAGCUGCCUGGAGGCACUUGUAGAAAAAUGACCCUUUGCUGGGGCCUUGAACAUUUGCUAGAAAUCAGCAGUGUGCCCUAUGGAACGGCACAGUGAUGUGCGGGUGCUCUGUUGAAAUGCUCCUUGAUGUCCCGUGAAAUGAUUUACUCCCAAGGAGGGAACCUGUUUCUGGCUCCCAAUUUCUCCUCCUGCCGCACUUGGUUUUUCACCCCUCCCCCCAAUAAAGUUUUUUGUUUCACUGGGAA